AUGGACGAGUGCAAGCAGCUGCUUUUCAUGGAGAGGGUGUUGUUCAUUUUCGAUGUCACGAAGAUCAGGGCCGGAAAGGCCCAAGUGAUCAGAAUGAACUCCCAGCAAUGGCAUCAAGAAGCUGACAUAGCUUGUAUUGCAGGGCAUAUCAUGAACCUCAUGACCAACUUCAGGACCGAGGAGGACAACCUUGUUGUUUUCCCUGCUGACACCAUGGCUAUGGUGAGAAAGCGCUUCAUCGAAGGGGACUUCCAUGAUGAGCUCAAACCUUUGGUGGAAUGCCAGCACCCAGGGUUUCGUGCCAACGACACAGAUCUUUGGCGUUCGAACAUGGCCGAUGUUUGUAUGAAGAGCUCCACUCUGGACGCUGCAGACAGUGAGAUCAGCAAGCUGGAAAAGAGCAAGAAUGAUGCCCAAUUCCAAGCUGACCAGCUAGCUCUGGCUAGAGACGCAGCUCAGUGUGCCAACCUGUUUCAGAAGAGUCAGCAAUCAGAACGCUCAGCUCGUUUGGCCCGCGUGAUGCACUUGAAACAGGAGAACUCCAUUGGUUGUGGCAUCGUCAUGGAGCACAUGGAGAAGAACUGGAAGCAUGUUGGGGGUCCAUUGACCACACUUCAACCUGUGCUAGAUGAGUUCAUCAACCGCAUGAAGAAAGAUAAGUCCAGUGUGCUGGUUUGGGUGGACUUCAUGAAGUUUGGUCGCUUGAGUGUUGCCGACCUGAACCACACGACAGAGCUUCUUCAGCGGGUCCUCUCAGCUCUGCCAGAGCAAUCGUGCGGCUUUCUGAUUGCACCGCAACUCACCUCCGAACGGCGAAGCUCAUUGAGAGAUGAAUGGAGGAGUUCUGGGGCCUGGGAGGAGAAAAAUGGAUCGGAUGUUCUCGGGGACGUGCGGCGCUAUGACCCUUCCCCACCGCCAGCAGAAGAGGUGGACGCUGAGAAAUUCACGUUCAAGCUAGCGACUGUGACAGUGGACAACAACAAGAAAGGAUGGAGCCGAUUCAACUUUUCCCUCAGCAACGAGGAGUUGCAAGGCUUGCUGGACACUUACGUCGUGGAAGCUCGUUUUUCAGGGCGGCACCCAGGAACUUCCUUGUACUUGAUGGUGGCAACCCGUCGCCAAGGGGAGUCGGUGGCCAUGAUCGAAUCCCAGAAGUUCAAGCUCUUCCUUGUGGCUCACCAAGACAUAGAUAUUGAUUGCAAGGAGUUCAUGAUUGGCCAUGGGAAGUCCGCCUGGCUGAAAGCAGAGAAGGUAGCCAAGAUGGAACGCGAGUGUGCAGGAGGUUCUGAUUCCAAACCAGUGCACCCACCACAGCCCCAGUUGCCUUUGAGAGCGAAGGCUGCAAGCACCAUUGGUAGUUCCCACAAACAACUGGAUCCCGAAGCACAGAACACAUUAAAGCGUCAGUUGUCUGCUGCACUCAACAAUGUUGUGGAAGAGAAAAAGAGCCAACAGAAGCCAAGAGGUAGGAAACCCAAAGAAGACAAUGAGAAGGAAGAGCGUGAGACUGCACCACCCACGAAGAAGAAGGAAGAGACUGAGCUUGCACCCAAGCAGAAGAAGAACAAACGCAUCAAUGAGAAGGAAGAGACUGAGCUUGCGCCCAAGAAGAAGAACAAAAACAGCGAUGAGAAUGAAGAGACUGAGCUUGCACCCAAGAAGACAAAGAAGACUGUCACCAAGAAUGAACAGACAAAGACUGUCACCCAGAAGCCAAAAGAUCCCAGCCCAAAUCAAGAACAUCCUGAAGACCCUGAACACCUUGAGGUCGAGGAGCCAACCGCUGCAAAACAGAAGAAGGGCGCCGCUCAGGCCAAGAAGGAGGAGCCUGAAGAGGCACCGGAGUGCGAAGCUGCACCAGAGCGUGAAGAGGCCAAUAUGGAGGAACAUGGAGAUCUCUCGCAGGAGACCCUUUGUUUGCCUGGUACUGGCUCGGAUGAGGAAUGCCCAGGCCUUGCUGGGGGAUCUAGUGCUGUGAAAUCUGAGAAUGGCACUCCUCCUGAUGAUGGCGAUGAUGGUCAUGAACCUAUCGGUGGCAAUCCCGCUGAGCCAGCAAAGAUCAACAAGAGUGAGACGCGCAAUGUGUCUUUGCACUCCGUGUAUUGGGCUGUGGUGCACGAGAAUCAGAAAUUUCUCAAGAAGAAGUGGGAGAAUCAUCCAGAGCGCCUGAAUGCAAUGAGCCAUAUGUCAAAGUCUGAGCUAAGCCGUCGGCGCUUGACCAAGAAGCAAUCCACGGCAUAA